UGGGGGAGGGAAUCGUUGGGUGAGGAGGCCCGGAUUCAGGAAAGGACCCUUGUUGCUGUGUGUCCAUCGAGUGCCCUGCCCCUGCCUCCUGUCUGUCUGCAGGUCUGGGUGUCUAUUGUUCCCAGCACUCUUCAAAGCGAGAGAAGGAAAAGAAACCUGUCCAGAAGCUGUGCAGGUCUGUGAGAGGGGACACUGGACUAGACCUGGGGCUGGGGGGAGUGUGGAGGGCAAGAGCUGGGCAGAAUUUGGGGACCCCCCCAUCCAACUCAUACACAUACACACCCUCCCACUCUGGAAGUAGAGAUGGUGACAGGGCCUGCCUGGGAAAGGGUUGGCUCAUGUGUGGAAGAGGAAUUGGAGGUGGGGAGGGGGUAAGGGGUGGGCAGAAGGCACACUUGGAGGCCGGGCCAGGUUAAGGAAACCCUCAGGAGGGCAGAGAUGCAAGAACUAUCCGGACCUGCCCUCCACUCCUAAGUCCUCAGUCUCCCUUUUCUCCUCCUGUCUCCUCCCAUCUCCCCUGUCCCCCCCCACACCCCCAGGACAGGAAAAGGAGGAGAAUCUCAACAUGGAAAAACGCUGCAGUGAAAAUGAAGGAAAGCCUGAAAACCAAGGAAAGAUGGAAAAUGAAGAACAACCACAGAUUAAGGGAAAGCCAGAAGUAGCUGGUACUCUGGAAGACAAGGAAAAGUUAGGAAAUGAGGGAAAGACAGAAAAGAAGGCAAAGACAGAAGAUGAGGAAAUGCUAAAAGAUAAGGAAAAACUGGAGGGUGAGGCAAAGGGAAAGCCUGAAGGUGAGGAAGAGGGAAAGCUGGAGGGUGAUAUAGAGGGAAAGCCUGAGGGUGAGGCAAAGGGAAAGCCUGAGGGUGAGGCAAAGGGAAAGCCAGAGGGUGAUAUAGAGGGAAAGCUGGAGGGUGAGGAAGAGGGAAUGCUGGAGGGUGAGGAAAAGGGAAUGCUGGAGGGUAAGGAAGAGGGAAAGCUGGAGGGUGAGGAAAAGGGAAUGCUGGAGGGUGAGGAAGAGGGAAAGCUGGAGGGUGAGGAAGAGGGAAUGCUGGAGGGUGAGGAAAAGGGAAUGCUGGAGGGUGAGGAAGAGGGAAAGCCUAAGGGUGAGGAAGAGGGAAAGCUGGAGGGUGAGAAAAAGGGAAUGCUGGAGGGUGAGGAAAAGGGAAUGCUGGAGGGUGAGGAAAAGGGAAUGCUGGAGGGUGAGGAAAAGGGAAUGCUGGAGGGUGAGGAAAAGGGAAUGCUGGAGGGUGAGGAAAAGGGAAAGCGGGAGGGCGAGGGAAAGCCAAAAGAAGAAGGAAAUCCAGAGAGUGAAACUAGGGCUUCAGGAAAGCGCCCAGCUGAGGAUGAUGUACCCAAAAAAGCAAAAAGAAAAACCAACAAAGGGCUGGGUCAGUACCUUAAGGAAUAUAAAGAGGCCAUACAUGAUAGGCAUUUGAGCAACGAGGAGAUGAUAAGAGAAUUCGAUGAGAUGGCUAGGGUGGAAGAUGAGGUAAAAAAAAACAGACAGAAAUUGGGGGACUUUAUAAGGAUGCAAAAAUGUUUUCAGAAUCCCUUCUACCCAAAGUGCCCAGGGGCAAUCAAAGGUGCCUCUAAGGCCCCACCAAGGGACUUUGAGGACAAGCCUUCCCUGUAGUGCCUUUGGAUUUCAAGUCUGCUUUGACUUGACUGAUUAGAACAUUGCCAACCCUGCUUUCUUUUUCCUUGCAUUUCCCUGGUAGGCAUUUGCCAGGCUCUGUGCUUUUACCUAUCCUGAUACUACGCUUUAGGUGUCACUCCUGUUACCAGCAGCCUUUUGACCAGACUGUAGUGCUCUGUGUUUCAGUAGGGGAUUCUCACCCAUGUACAUGGAAGAAAGGUUCGUGAUUAUUUGAAAAAUAAAGCAGCUGAUAUCAUAUGUACGUGUGUUAGUGUUUCUUAAAAGGUGCUAGAGUUCUACCUGGCCCAUUUUUUGAAAAACAAAGUUAAAAAAAAAGCCAAAACAUAAAUUUCUAUAGAUAUCUUUGUACAGGGAAAACAGUUUUGUCCACUAAAAGGUUAACAGUGGUCUUCUCAAUUGGAAGAUUGUGGGGAAUUUCUUUCCUUUCCUUCUCUCAUCUAUCCAUU